AUGACUGCUGUGGCAUCACCACCUAGUGUGCAAUCGGGGCCUCGCUUGGGAUGGUACGACUCUGGUAACGGAGGACAAGGUACCCUGUCUUCAAUGAACGCGGACGAGGUUUCGCGGAUGUUUAUGCCCCGAAAGACCGUUCAAAGAUCAAGUUCCUCCUCAUCCUUGGGAUCUACGUCAACAACGUCGACAGUGACCACCAAUUCGCAGAAUACUAAUGCAGCACAAUCGUCGAACGCUGAAUCUGCUACCUGGUCAUCAAAGAAGAAAUCUUCGAGAAGCGUCUGGCCUAACUCCAAGUCAGAGCCAGUGUCUGGGGUGCCUAACGCACGUCCUCAGGUGAUGCCUGCCUUCACCUCGGGGCCCGUUUCCGCAUCUACUAUGUCUGCGUUGCAACAGCCUUCCUCCAUUGUUCCAUCGCAACAUAUGCUCCAGUCUUCUCAACAGAAUGGUGUCCGCACUGGGAGCGCGCCAGCUGGUGAACCACCUGCAAUUUUAACUCUUAUACCCCUUAAUGGGACAUUUGAAAGGAAGCAGAUCAAUGUGCCGUACUUCCCCGAGGUGCUGCGAAUUGGUCGCCAAACCAAUGCGAAAACCGUGCCUACGCCGGUAAAUGGGUUUUUCGAUUCGAAGGUGCUUUCCCGACAGCAUGCUGAAAUAUGGGCCGAUAAGAGCGGGAAGAUUUGGAUCCGAGACGUGAAGUCAUCAAAUGGCACAUUUGUCAAUAACCAUCGACUAUCCCUGGAAAACCGCGAGUCGGACCCUCAUGAACUCCGCGAAAACGACACGCUGGAAUUGGGUAUUGACAUCGUCAGUGAAGAUCAGAAGACCAUUGUUCACCACAAGGUCUCGGCUAAGGUGGAGCAUGCGGGGGUCUAUGGCUCCAUUCCUAAUAUCCUUGAUCUCACACUUGGUGACCUGGAUCCCGCAUCUGGAGGAGGGCUUCUGCCCUCUCCGCUCAGUCAGCCACUGUCACAUCUCCGAGGGCGCUCAGGGAGUACGAUGAGCAAUAGAAGUGUACAGAGUUCUGCUAGCAGCCAAUUUAAUGCAUUACAACAACAGCGUCAGAUGAACUAUUGGAACUCUCCGAUAUCUAUUGAGCAAGUCGUCAAAAGACUUACGGGCGAAAUGAAACAGGCAAAACAGCAGUCCCAGGAACUUCGCCAGACAGAUGAGUUCUUAGCAACAAUAAUGAAGCCCGGUCAUAUAGAGAAAGAGAAAGUCAAGCAUUCCCCACCAGAGAGCACUUCUUCUCGACAGAUGAAUGGGAGACCAAAGAUGCCGCGUGUGGAUUCGUUUUCGCGGUUCUCUGACCCUCCGGCACCGCCUCCUCAGCAGCCGUUGCCCGAAAAACCGGAUGCCAUGUCUCCCCUCAAGCGAACAGAGACCGAGAAGCCGAAGCUGGGAGCCGGCAGCUCACCUGUCUCCCGUGACUCGAGCCAGAUCAUAUCCCUUAUCGAGACUCUUGCCUCUACCAAAAAAGAACUUGACAGCCAGGGUGCGCGGGUGAAAGAGCUAGAAACAUUGUUGCUCCAGGAACGCAAUGCUCGCGAGUCUGCGGAAGAGAGGGCCAGAAGCCUCGAAAUGCGAAACAAGGAUACUGCAGAAGCAACCAGUGUGCUCUCAUCUGAUAAGCAAUUUGAUGGCACUCCGCUCACCUCGACGGAUGAAGAUAACGAUGAGAAGCUUCAAGCCAAUGGCAUACCAGCUGCAUCCAGCAAUGAUGAUCAUCCAGCAGUCAACGAGCUGGCCGACGACCAUGCCAGUAGGUUGCAACAUCGCCUGGAGUCGAUGAUGGCGGAGAUGGAAGAGAUGAGAAAGCAAGUUUCUAUGUUCAAGGACCGUGCGGAGAAGGCGGAAAGUGAGACAGUUGAGACGCGGAAAUCUUUGGGAGAGAUGAUCGAGACUCUACGACAAGGACGCACAGAGCAUGCUCCCGGGGGCAAGUCAGUACGUCUGGGAGAAAAUUCCACUGAUGCACCUGAGACUUCAUCAGUCAAGAAUGAGGAGGAUGGUCCUGAAAUGAAGGACCAUGACACGCAAGCAGAGACUCCUUUGUCAUCAACGCCAUUGUAUAAAGGCAUUGGAUCUACGGGGCAAACCUUUGCUACGCAAACACAUAAGCAGGAUGCCCUGCAGCACUCAAGUCCAUACGCGUCGAUGCUCGGGGUUGUGCUACUAGGUGUAGGCUUAAUGGCCUACUUGAACGGGUGGCAAAAGAUUGACAAAUAA